GAAGAAGAACAGAAAGAAGCUGUCCUUAAAAACCUCAACCAAGACCUCUCUCCUAAUUCACUGACCAGUCACAUGACCAUAAUGCACUCACGCAACUCCUGCAAGACGCUAAAAUGCCCCAAGUGUAACUGGCACUAUAAGUCCCAACAUACAUUGCAAGUCCACAUGAAAGAGAAACAUCCGGAGACAGGAGGCCAGUGUGUGUGUGGUGCCUCCGGGGGAAAGUGUGUGUGUGGCGGUGCAACACGAGGUGUGUGUGGAUAUUGCAGUUCGGGGAAACCCCAUCCUCGCUUGGCCCGUGGUGAAACCUAUGCCUGUGGCUACAAGCCCUACCGCUGUGAGGUGUGUGACUAUGCUACCUCAUCGAAAGGCAACCUCAGCAUCCACAUGCAGUCGGAUAAACACCUUAAUAACGUUCAAAAUGGGGGACACUCAAAUGGUCAAAUCCACACUUCUCACAUUACCACAAACAACAGCAGCUCCUCCGACGGUAACGCAGUGGAUGAGCCCGCAUACAAGCCCCCACUCUCUAAUCCCACGCCUACUACCCAGCCCACUAAGCUCACACCACCUGCACACACUCACUCUCAUGGUAAGCGGUGGCGGUGUGAUGUGUGCGACUAUGAGACCAGCAUUGCCCGCAACCUGCGCAUACACACCACCAGCGAGAAACACACACAUAACAUGCUACGGCUCCAGAGAGGCUACUACCUGUCUCACUGUAGGAGUCUUGCCCCGCAGCUGAAACACUUACAAAACGCAGGUGCGGAGCUAUCCUUGAACAUGCGACUGACCAGUCAACAAGUCGCAGACCAGCCAGUCACCCUUGGGUCUACACUGACUCCUUCUCCCUCCCCCUCCCCCUCUCCCCCUCCAGCCCUGUCUCUGUCCCCCACUGAACCCCUCUCCCAGGGGGGCGUGUUUCAAUGCCUUGUCUGCUCCUGCUUUUCGUCCGACAACUUAGAGUCUGUGGAGCAGCACCUGAACGCCCCUCGCUCUCUGCCCCAGUCUGAGUGGUGCUCCCUGGUCGCUAGUGGCUGCCACUGCAGGCUGUGCGGCUACACCACCCAGCUGAGGGCUAACUUCUCCUUGCAUUGUCAGACUGACAGACACCGCACCCGGUACCAGCUUGCUGCUCACCUCCAGGAGGGUGGGGACAGGGGUCAGGAGGGGGCUGCCCUUAUUUCUAAGGGCAACCCCGUCCAGCUGAGAUGCAACCUGUGUGACUACGUGACCAGCAGUUUGGACAAGCUGCGAGGACAUUCCCUCAAUUCCCACCACGAGGCCAGCGUCCGGGUUUACCGAUUCCUGCAGCAGUAUGAUGGUGAGGUUGAUGGGGGAUCGUGGCUGUUCCAUUGUCUCUUAUGCAACCACUCCUCCUCUUCUAAACUACAAGUACUGAAACACAGUCAAACCCCAACCCAUCAGCAGAGGGAAGGGCUACUCCAGCUGCAGCCAAUGGGCGGAGAGGAGCUGGCAGCCAUUUUUACCAUCAGGAAAAGCCCUGAUGUUGUCACGGGAGAGCUCAGUGAGGAUAUGGAAACUUCCAGUGAGACCACCACUGGUCCUUUGGACAAAACCAAAGACACUUGUAACUUUGUGGGGAUUUCUGACGAGACAGAAGAAACUUGGGAGGAAGAAAGAGAAAAGAGGGAGUCAUUUCCAUCAGUGAAGCGUCCAUCCUCUGAAUGUGAGGAAACGGAAAACUCUAUCUCAACCAAACGUCCCAGAAUACACCAGCAAAAUCCAAACCAGCAGACUGUCCAGUGCCCUUUGUGCCAGGUUAAACUCCCACACACAGACCUUCGACCGCAUCUCACGCAUGUACACAGUGUGGCACAGGACUGUGUAGACAAGCUCAUCAGCACAGUCACACUAUCCAUGGAACAAGCCCAGCCUCAGCUGCAGACAGAACCACAGACGGAUGAUACUCAGAACAAUAAAAACACCAAGAAUACCAAUGCAAAUUGUUCCCAUACUGCUGAUUCCAGUGCCUCAGUUGAUUCACAGAAAAACAGAGGCAUUUCAGUAGAGAACACUGAGGGAGAUGUAGCCGCACCCAAAGAUGUCACAGCUCUACUCACCCCACCCCUAGAAGACAACACCACUCACCCUUUCAGUGGCAGACUGGCUCCUCAGUCCCCAAAUCAGACCCCCCCCUCCUCCCCGACCAGCGACCCCCCUCCUCUUUCUGAUCGCCAUGGUUACCGGUUCCGUUGCAGCAGGUGCAGCUUGGCGUUCCCCACUCAAGAGAAGCUCCAGCUGCACUGGCAGUACCAUGCCAUGAGGGCGGCAACAGAGUGUCCCCUCUGCUCUCGACGAUGCCGCAGUCAAGAGGCCUUGCAGAGACACAUGCAGAACACACACUCACAGCUGGAAAACACAGAGGGACAGAAUACGCUCUUACCGCUUCACUCAGCUCAAUACAUGGAGCAAAAUAAGAGUUCAGUUCAACAAGAUUUGAGUUUAUCACCUCAAGUGGGUCAAGAAGCAGGAGUGGGAGAGGUUGCAGAGAGAGAGGAAGAAGCCCCAGGCAUGGUGGGAAAGGAAGAACAAAAAGAAGAAGUACAAUUUAAAGAGAAGGACAUGAUCGGUGAAGUUGAUGGGGAUGAGGAAGAUUUAACUGAGCUGGAGAAAAGGCCACAUGAGGAAAUCAUAUCAGAACCUACUUCCAGCUCUUUUGUCAAAAAGAGCUCCAACCCCACAAUGGAUCGCUAUCUGGAUCCAACCAGGCCCUAUAAAUGCACAAUAUGCUCUGAAUCUUUUACCCAGAAAACUAUUCUUCUGGUCCACUAUAACUCUGUGUCCCAUCUCCACCGGGCUAGACGGGCCCUACAGGACUCUGGCACAGGUGUUGCUGUCCCCGAGGCUCCCCGUGGCCCAGAUCCUAGGCCCUACCGUUGCCGAUUGUGUGGAGUGGGCUAUAGUCAGAGCUCCACACUGGACAUUCAUCUUCGCUCUGUUCUUCAUCAGACUAGAGCUCGUGCUGCCCAGAACUCAGCUCCACAGAACCCAGCAUCUAGUGUAGCUGCUUCAUUGUCAGUCCCCACCACUGCUACCCAAGCUGCUACCAACAGAGAAGAAAUAUCAAAGGGUUUGCUGUUCACUAAGAGGCCAGAUCUAGUAAGCUCUUCAACCUCUUUACUAUUAGGCCCUGGCUUAGCAGCUGAGGCGCAGCCAACCCUCUCUAUCCCAAGUGACAGCCAGCAGGCUAAAAGUAGAGUUGCAGAACUUAUAGCAUCAAGAAACCAGCUAAUGCUAAUACAACAACAGCAGUUAGCCCAGGCUCAGGCACAGGCCCAAGUUCAGUUACAACAACACACAGCUCUGCUCCAGUCCCAGUUGAUGCAGCAUCUUCCCUUAGGGACAGAGAAUCUCCUGAAACAAAAUUUCUCCCUGACACCAGACAACUUGCUCUCUCUGCAGCAGCAACUUCUUCUGCCCUUUUAUUUGUCAGGAGACAUGAAUAUUAACCCAGAGUUAACUGUUAAGAGCCUAGAACUUAGCCAGUUAGUAUGUGCCAACUCCAUCCCCAAAGAACAGGUUAAGGUGGAAGUUAAAAGGGAGCCCCAACCUCAGAUAGAUGACAAACUAACCCAGAGACAACGUUCAAACUCAGCUGUUAGCCAACCAAAGGAUCGUGUGCAGUGUGAAGCCAAUGUUGAAGCUGGGUGCAGUGGAUCUGCCAACAACCAGUCAGAAAAAAGACACAGCAAUUAUAAUGUUGAGGAAGAAAAAGAAGAAAUGCCUGUUCCUACUUUAAAAAAUAAGUAUCAGAAAGAGGAAACUGAUUCCUCUUCAUUUACUCUUCGUGGAUUGCAGUGUCCUCCUCCCAGAGUGCCCUAUGCAGCUGUGAAUGGCGAGCCUGUUCGAGCCCUGCUGCAGAGUUAUGGCUAUGAGUUGGCACUGCAAUACAUACAAAGUAGACAUAGACAUCAGCAGCAGAUACCAACCCUUAUGAUGCCAGAUCAACAGGAGUGUUCUGGUAUCAACAAGAUGGAGGUAUAUUCAGAAGAAGAAAGAGUUGAGUUAAGUGGACUACAGGAUGUAAAGCUGGAAGGCUGUAACAACGAUAACAAAGGGGUAGAGGGCAAUGGAGAAAUAGAAAAUGUGUCACAUGACAAAAAAAAGAAAGAUGAGGAAUCGGUACACAAAGAGAGAGGUCGUUGUGGAAGGGGAGAAAAGUGUAGAGACUGUGGCAAGUUUUUUUCAGAUGCCUUGAUUUUAAAAAGUCACCGGGAGUAUAUUCAUAGGAAACUGUUUCCUACUCCUGCACUGGAGAGAUUCUCCAGAGAAUACAGGCUGCAGUAUGACCAGAUGUACCCGCUCACACAACCUAAAUCUGAGGAGAAUUCAGAUGCCGCCCCAGUCCCAUCCUCAGAAUCAGAACCAGCACUGGAACCAGUUAUGCCUCAAGUUAAAAGCCUCGCACCCUCACCUGUCCCGUCAUUUUCAAAUCCCAUAACCAAAACGUGUACUCUUGCUACAGACCUAACAAUUACUGCCCCCACACCUUCUUCUCCAUUUCUUUCUCAAACUCAAGAAUGUCCACAACAAGAGGCACCCAUCCAAAGCACAGCUGCUACAGCUACUUCUCAAACCACAGCCGCAGCUAACGCCGUACCUCUAACCUUACCGAACAUACCUAUGCUUCCUCUAGCCUUGCCCCAGCUUCCUAUAUCCCAUAUUCCUUUUUCCAUGGACCUUCCUCUCCUCCCUUCGGUUGUGAUGCAGUCUGUAGGUCUCCAGCCCCAACCUUGGUUAGACUCAAGUGUGAACACUGAGUUGGCAAAACUCUACCAAUCUCAACUCAGCACAGCACUGCUAAUGCAACAGCCACAGCUCAGCCCUUCUUUGCAAGGUCAACAUUCAAAGAUCAAUAAUACACUGCUGGGUGAACCAUCCCAACACAGCCCCAUCCAAACAGGGCAGCAACCCCAAGUCAGCCCAACAAUACUUGAACAACAGGGUAAGAGAACCCGAACCCGAAUCUCUGAGGAGCAACUGACUGUCCUGCGGAAACACUUUGAUAUUAACACCCUCCCCAGUGAUGAAGAGAUGAUCAAGAUGUGUGGUCUCUCUGGGUUGCCUCAUAAAGUUAUCAAACACUGGUUUCGCAACACCCUAUUUAAAGAGCGCCAGCGAGACAAGGAUUCCCCUUACAAUUUUAAUAACCCUCCAACCAUAGCCCUGGAAGUGUCCAGAGAAGUAGCACAAAACCAGUCUCUGUCACUUUCCCCAUGUCCACUGUCCCCAGGCCUUCUAGCCCAUACCUUCCCACAGACCCAGACAACAGACCUCCUGAGAGGAGAGACCCAUAGGGGCCGACGCUCUUCCCGAACCCGCUUCACGGAACGACAGCUGGAGACCCUGCAGGGGGUGUUUGAGGCGACUCCCUAUCCCAGAGAGGAAGAAUAUGACAGCUUAUCUGCUUUGUUGUCUCUCCCUAACAGAAUCAUUGUUGUGUGGUUCCAAAAUGCAAGACAGCGAGCCCGUAAAACUCAAGACAUGGGCACAGACGAUGGAUUAGAGGGAAAGAACCAACUUGACAACAUUCACAGUCAGAAAAAUGGCUGCUCCAAGAUUGAUGAUGUCGAUAACAGCUGUGGGGAUGAAGCACAAGGGGAAUCUCAGAAUGAAAACUCCAUGGAUCUGACUUAUGAGUAUUACACUAACCCUGACUCUCCUGUUCUUGAUUCUUCCUCUCACUGCAUAGAAAGUGAGCAUCUAACAGACAAUGGUGAACCAACACCUGUUAUGAGCAAACAAGAAAAUACACAAGAAGAUACAACAUAUUCUCAAGCGAACAAGAGCCUAGCUCAUGUUCAAAUUAAAAAUGAAAUAUCAGAUGCAGAAAUCCAGCGUAAGGAAAUUGUUCAGGCCAUGAAAACCGCGUCUUCUCCACAACUAGAGCCCAAUCUGCAGCCAGAAAGUACUCCAGAAAGACUACAGCCUCACUCCUCCUCCUCCUCCUCUUCUUCACAAAAGACAGUACCGGCCAUCGCGUCCACAGCUCAUUCCAGCCAGGGGCAGACAUGCAUCCCUCCAUCUGAUCCAGCUGUUGAAAAGCCUGUUGAUACAUCACCCAGCCUCCCUGCUGCUUCAGAAUCUGACACAAGCCACAUGUGGCUGCCUGAUGCCACCUCUUGCCUAUCCGCUGAUGCCCAGCAAAUAACCCCACUCCAACCCCAAACACAGGCUCAGUUUCAGUGUAGUCUCUGCCCAGUGUCCUUGCCCUCAUUCCAGCUGUGGCAGGAGCAUCAGACCAGGCACCUCCUGGCAGCUCAGUCCCAGGUCCAAUUUCUCCACUCUGGCUUCACAGACCGAACCAUGCCUUACAUGAUGCUCCACCCCAACCACACCCUGAUGGCCAGCCAAAUGCUUUCAGGCGCUAUGUCCCAGAUGCACCCUAAUCCCACACAUUCCAUGAUUUCACACUUAAACAGCAUACAAAUUAAAAACACGCUCUCUGAUCACUCGAGUAACAACCACACCAGCCUCUCUCAAAGUUCCUUGUCACCCAUGAAGCAGAGUUCAAAGCUUAUAUCCGAGAACAGUUUUGAAGGCCAAAGGAGCGGUAGAGAGAUUGAGGAAGAGCACCGCAGGGAUAAGCGUCAGAGAACCACCAUCACCCCAGAACAGCUUGAAGUGUUGUAUCAACGCUACAGUAUGGACUCUAACCCCACCAGAGGAGUCCUGGAAGGCAUUGCACGUGAUGUAGGCCUGACAAGACGUGUAGUUCAGGUCUGGUUUCAGAAUACACGAGCCAGAGAGAGAAAAGGACAGUUCCGGUCAAUGGGGCCAGGAUCCAGUUUCAGCUUGGGUUUGAACCACUUGCGCUGCCCAUUCUGCAGGGCUCUCUUCAAGGUAAAGAGUGCUCUAGAUGCACAUAUGAGGUCACGCCACAGGGCAGAGGCUGAAAGAGCAGGCUACAACUUAUCGAUGAGUAAUGGAUCCAAUGGGCAGAUUGGGAUGGCUAUGUCAUCUAUCAUGGACAGACCAGGCCCAUCUAUCUCCUCUAACUUCAUCCCAAACCAUGGCUUUGUCAUCAUUAACAAAGAGUUAAGUAUGAAGCCACCUUUGUCUUCAACCACUGAUCUGAACAACCCAGAGGAGGAUGAUGACUAUGAGGAAGACGAUGAGGAGUACCCAUGUGACGAGGGUUCCAGUAUGGCGGACCAAGGGUCUCCAAGUCCUGAGGGAUCUGGGGGUCCAAGCUCAGAUUGGGGUGAGACGCAAAGUCUGCAACAGCACCAACAUCAGCAGCAGCGCCAAAGGACACAGAUGAGCCACUUCCAGGUACUCCAGCUCAGAGACUUCUACAGGAGCCACCGUACCCCCAACCGACAUGAGUGUGAGACACUGGGCCAGGAGUUGGGACUGCCUCACCGAGUUGUGCAGGUCUGGUUCCAGAAUGCCAGAGCCAAGGAGAAGAGGGCCAGGAGCCUGAGCUCUGACUCUGCAGAGAGGGAGCAGGCCGAGCUGUCCGCAGGGGCUGGGGAGAGAGACAGAGCUUAA